GACCGGCCGCGAUUCAACUCGGACACCCGAAAAAUAAUCGAAAACCCUAAAGUACGCGAAAACGCGCGUCCCGCGUACCGCGCAUCGUUCCGUCUCGCUUGCACUCACAGUUGCCAUACCCUGAACUGUGUGAUCAGUCGGAGGCCGGAGUGCAAGAAAAAUUCCUUCGAACGAUCCCAGACCAAACCAAAUGAGUGAAAUAUGGCGUUACGAGUGUUCAAGUGAAUAUCCCUCGAAAAACGACCGCCGGCCAAACCGUGGAACCUGAGCUCCGCCAAUUUGUUUACUAAUUAGAGACAGCGAACGAUGGGCAAUCAGUCAACGAAACACUCCGGAAGGCCGAAGAAGGCCGUUCACUGGAAAUCAGCAGAGCCCCCUUCACCCCCGGGGAAGCCAAUGUUGGUGCCAGGAUCGCCUAACUCAUCGUUGCCGGAUGUGGUCACGAUUCGUUGGAAACGGCCGACUAGCGAUGGCGGUUCGCCAAUUCUCGGCUACAUCAUCGAGCACCGGCGGACGGGUUCACCGCACUGGGUACGGGCAACUGCUCACUUGAUUCAGGUGACCGAGCUGUCGUUCAGUGGUCUUGAGCCGGGCUGGCGCUACCAGUUCCGGGUUCAGGCACAAAACAUCGUUGGACUAUCGGAAAGCAGUGAACUGUCGGAUGCGUUGACCGUAACACUGCAGCGUGCGGCCGAAGCACCACCGAGGUUUGUCUACGAACUGAUCGAUACCACUGCAAUCGAGAACGAGAAAGUUGAAUUCCGAGUUUCCGUAGCUGGAACACCUGCUCCUGAUAUUAGCUGGUUCAAGGACGGGUUUGAAAUGUUUAGCAGUCGCCGGACGAAGAUUUUAACCGAGGGGGACUUCAGUGUUCUGGUAAUCCACCAGGCGGCGUUGACUGAUGCAGGAGAGAUCAAGUGUACAGCGUCGAAUCGGGCCGGGCACUGCAUGACUCAAUGUAAUCUGGCUAUCAAUGCCUACCCGAAAAUUCGUCUACCGCGUCAGUACGAGGAUGGAUUAAUCAUCGAAGCUGACGAAAUCAUUCGACUUAAGGUUGGAAUCGCUGGUCAGCCGACGCCCGUUGUUGAGUGGAGUCACAAUGGUGAACUGUUGUCCAGCGGAGGACGCUACGAAAUUGAGACCACUGAUAAACACUCCGCUCUUCGAAUAUCGAACGCUCAAAGAUCGGAUCGCGGCGAAUAUAAUCUUCGGGCAUACAACAAACUCGGGGACGAUUACGCAUCGUUUCUUGUAACCGUAACGGCACGUCCUGAACCUCCUGGGAAGAUCAAUAUUAGUGUGGGUCUCGGAAAAACCAUUACCUUGCAUUGGUCUGCUCCGGAAGAUGAUGGGGGCUGUAAAAUUGGCAACUAUAUUGUAGAGUACUACCGUGUCGGUUGGGACGUCUGGCUGAAGGCAAACACCUGUCGACAACUCAGCACUACUUUGAGUGGACUAUUCGAAGGUUCUCAGUACCGGUUUCGAGUUAAAGCGGAGAAUCCAUACGGAGUGAGUGAUCCCAGUGAAGAAUCAGACACGCUAUUCAUACCGGAUCCGAAACGCGGGAUCAACAGUGCGACCCAAGUGCCGGAAGUUAAUAACAAUGGGAACGUGUCUCAACCGCUGGCAGUUCCUCGCAAACGACGCGAGGAUGCUCGAUCCCCUGCACGCGAUGUCGAACAAAUUAAGAAGAUUAGAGCUUAUACCGAGGAUACAAGCACCUACAACCGUGUCGAAAUAGUCCGUGAAAUGUCCUACGGUACGCGAGAUGAAGAUCUCUUCCAGCUGAAGCAAUCGGAGCCUCUCAGAAGACCGUCACCGAUGUCUUCUUCCCCGCAAGGUUACAAUCGCACCGAGACGACCUACGAAGGAUCCGCGUUUCGAUCGAAGCAACCGGUGCCUUCGAAAGCGUCAGCUCCAGCUCCUCCUCUUAUCAACCACCGUGAAACUAAUUCCCUAAAAUCAAAGCAACCCGAGCCGCUAAAAUCUAAAUCACCAUCUCCAGCACCAAUGCCGCUUCCAUCGGUCAUCGUAACCGCACCGGCGGCUCCCGUUCUUCCACCGGAACCGAGCUAUCCACCACCCCCACGACCACAAUCCUUCACAUCACCACUGAAAGCGAUGGAGAGAUUCUCCAAAGAUCCAAGCCCUCUAGCGAACAUAAAACCCGCCGAAUCCGAUAAUCAACUGGCGCCGACGACGGCGGUGGCAGUGGCGGCGGCGACGACGGCGCCAAGUCCGACCUCACCGACUAGCAAUCCAACGAUUCACAGUAGCAGCGAGUUUAUGCUGGUGCUUUACAACGAUCAGGAAGGGAAGAACAAUAAACACAACUCAACCUUCGACUUCGAACUGGACGAUAUGGCACCGCCACCGCCUCCACUAUCCAUGUCGGCACCGGAACUGAACGUGGAACCUCCACCGGCACCUCUAAUGCGAUCGUCCGUUAGCUCUACCGAACUGCUGUACGAAAGGGCGAUGGCACGCUUCUACCAGGCGGUCGCACUGGAAGAAUCCCAAAACCAGCGGAAAGUCGAACGUAGGAGAAGCUUUGGAGCUGCAGAGCAAAUAUCACAGCAACAGCAGCAGCAGCAAAGUGCACAGGAAGCGGCCGCAACUCGAUUGGCCGACCGUAGAAGUAGCCUCCGGCGUAGACUCUCCGGUGACAAGGAUACGAUCGUCAAGCAGUCCAGCUUCGAAGCGGAUGCUAGACAACAUUCCAGCACGGUUGAGGAGGUGAUUCCCGAGGAGAAAGAAGAGGCUGUAGACAGGGUAGAUGUAUCGAUUGAUGAACCAAUGGGAGAGAACGACGAAGCCGUUUCAAUGUCGUCUUCAAUGGAUUCAAUGUUAGAAGAACUGAAACGUGAGGAAUCGAAUCAAACUAGCAGAUCGAGAAUCAUGAGUGAUGAUGAGGAAAUGGAAACUUACCAUCCUUCGCAGCGGGUGCUUUCCCCGUAUACCAAUCCGGACCCGAGCCAAGCGAUUGAAGUGCUAACGAAACCUCUACCGCUACCCGAUCCGAACUUUGUUCCUAAACCGAUUCUGAAACGGCCUUCGACGGAACUUCUAACGAAAGAUGACAGGGAAAGAAAAACGUCACCGAGUAAAUUAGAUCGAAAAGGAUUGAUGAACAUAUUCGAUCUUAAAUUAUCAUCGAAGGAAACGCAGCCGCCAGUGGAACGGGAGAAAACACCGGAGUUGAAGACGACUGUUGAGGAAGCUCCCCAAAUAGUUCCGGCAUCGCCAUCUGUUUCUGUUCAGCCAGAAUCAAUUGAGCCUGUUGCCGUGAGUGAAGAGCAACCAUCUUCUGAGAUUAGUACGCGUUCGGAAGUGGCUCGUCAAAGGCGGCUACAGUCCCGGCAAAGUUCUAUAGAAGAGUCGAAAGCAGUAGCCGAUUUCUACGGAGAGAUCCUCCAACAGGUGGAGAGUUCGAAGAAACCACGAAAACUUCCGCUGUAUAUGAGUCCGGAGGACGUUCGUAAGCUGAAUGAGCGUGGACGCUCGAGGGAGAAUUCGAACGAUCGCUUCGUUAGAUCUCGAUCCGGAUCAAGAUCCCCACUGGAGGAUACCUAUCGAAAUCAAAAGUCUCGAUCGCCUUCUCUCACAUCGGAACAGAUUGCGAUCAAGGGUAAGCCUGCACGGGAGAGCAAAAUCCUCCGGCAACGAUCCGCGUCAAUCGAACAGGAUUCAUCACGACCACCGUCCGUUACUGGUCAGCACUCGAAGACUACCGCUAUCAGAUCGGAAACUGCAUUUAGCCCAAGUGGUGCUAGUGAGGAACCGAUUAGAAAGAGUCGUCCUCUGCGUGAAUCUACUGCGAUUACCAAGAAACGGAACGUAUCCAACACGCGCUCUCGUAGCAGUUCUCGAACCCGCGAUGCUGAAUCAAUUCCCGAUGAUCCUUCGAAACGUGAUGGUCUUCUCAAAACUCCGCUUAAGAUUCCCGGCGCAAAAAUUAUUAGUCCGGAACAGAAACCACCCCCGCCUCCACCACUGACACCCUCGAUCCAAACGACAUCACGAACACCACCGACCCCGGAACCAGAGCCACGAUCACGUUCACAAUCCCGCACCCGAGAACCAACGCCCCAGGAAGCUUCCGUGAAAUCUGCCCUCGGCUACCUGACCGACGUGGCUCUGUUCGUUCUCGCCUGUUGGUUGUAUCUCUUCAAGAAUCCCAAACUGGCGAUCCCGGUCAUUGUACUGAUCAUGUAUCGUCACAUCAGUGAUGCCCUGCGGGAACGAAUUCCACCCUGGGUAAGGCGUCCCAUUAGCUAACCGAAUGGGGUGCCAGGAACGAUACAAGGGAUCGUUGUUGGAUUUUGUUGUUAUUGUUAAAGACAUAAUCUCAAUGAAGCAGGAAGGAUAUUUUCUAGCAGGUCUGAAUGACGUCUCUGUGACAGGAAGAAAACCAUGCACUAGAGGAUGUGUGGAUCGAUCGUGGCUGUUACGUUCACUCAAGAGAGAAAAUAGUGCACGAGAGAUAUUCACUAUUUUUGAUAGCUAUUGUCAACUGAACGUCAAAAUUAGGUUUAUGAAAUUUAUUAUCGGUGACGUAACAUAAAUAUUCUAUUCUUUCGACAGAAUAUGGUUUAAAUCUCGUACUCUGUUGACGAGUGAUGUAGCGUCGGGAAUCAUCUGAAUGGAUUUGUCAAUGAUGGAACAAUAUCUAGUCUUUCGAAAUCUAAAGCAAUCCGAGGAUAGACGGACGUGAUAUUAGAGAUGUUACUCACAUUAAUCGUUGGUACAGUAUAAAUACGCUGAAUCCUUGUCUAUAGUCUCGACAUCUCAAUCUUUUGUUUAUCAUUUAUCUGUCAGUUUCACUGCAAUCGAACAAAAUAAUUGCUGAUACCCUCGUUCGAGAAGAAUUCGAAGAGAUUUUGCUCGAAUUGAAUGCUUUUGACAGGUCUCAUGCUAAAUUGGAAUGACACUGACAGAUAAAUGGUAAACAAUUGAUUGUGAUCUUCAGUAAAGAGAUUCAGUAUUUUUAGAACUAUUUGCACUUUUCUGUCUAAAUAGCUCUGUUGUUAGUCAACACUUUAGUUUCAAAUUGGAGAAUCAUUGUCAAAAACGAUUUGCAGAUUUCAGGAGACCGUUGUCAGGACCAGCUUCGACUAAAGCAAAUUCGAUCAGCACGGAAAAAUAUAUAUUUUGCCAUCAUUGUCAACGACAAGUGCACGAAAUUUAGGAAUCUACAGCUGACCGUCUUCCGUUUUUUAGAAUGAAAAAAGCCGACAUACGGAGAAAAAAUCAAGAUUGUAGCAUUCACAACCAUUCCCGUUUCACACCUCUUCUCAGCGGUAUCUAAGAAUUCUAAAUCCAAAAGAGAACAGCAGGCCUUGACAAAUCCUAGUCAUACUAGUCAUAGACCUGGCUAUUUCCGGUCCGCUGUGUGGGACGGAGUACGAAAACUCAACCUACGAACCUGUCAACUGUCAAGAGAAUCGCAUUAAACUUAAUUUAAUGCCGGCUAGUAAACUCCGACAAUGUUUACAUCGUGUUUUGCACAUUUGUUUGCAUUCAUCACAGUAGUCACAUUUGUUUAGUCAUCACGCACACGUUCAAUGCCACGAUAAAUGUUCUAUCAGCCGAAUCCAUACGAAAAUUAUACCAUUAUUAUUAUUAUUAGCAAAUUGUUUACAUUGCGACUUUCCGUGGUUGCAUAUGUCAAUACUCACAGUCACAUUUCAGAACGGGAACAGUGGAACUCAUAGCAAUUCACGGUGCUCGAAACCGCACUCGAAAACGUUGAAGCACACGCCGCAUUUGCACGUAACCUCACUCUUACUCGCACACACGCACACAGUUUUGAUGAUACACACCACUAUUGUUGUUGUGUUUUUUUUAUAUUUGAAGGUCGAUGGUUUCUCUCGAGAUUAUUGAUUAACAUUACCUAUUAUUAUUAUUAUUAUUACUAUUAUUAUUAUUAUCGUCGUUGUAUGUAUUUUUUGCAAUCAUUGCAAAGGAAGGAAAAGCGAGACAAUAAACUUGUUCUUAAAAUAAAACACCGAAA